AUGGCCUCAGCAUCAACAGAGAUGUCUGCGUCUGCCAGCGCCGACUUCCCAUGCCAAUUAACCCUCCACAUUCCAUUCCCCACCCCUCGGCUCGCUUCAGCAGCACACCGCACACUUUCGGUUGACCCUGAGCUUUCUGCGCUCGUCCAGCGCACUUUUUCCGUUGUGGACUCUGCCGCAGGAGAUAAGACCAUUCUACGGACAGACUAUCGAGCUACUACGAACAGGAUGCUAAGAGUUGCUGUGAAUGGGUUUCUGGAGAGUCUGGGGACUGUUGUACAGGUCAUGGAGGAGUUGGAUGGGGAUGUCGUCAAAAAUAAAGGCUUGCAAGAUCUAGAGGGUGCGCAGGGUGUUGAGGUCGGGAUGGUGGGUAGGGCGGGAUGA